AUGCUGCCUCUCCUGCUUAUCUGCUUCCUGCCAGGUGGGGGGGAGAACUGUCUCCACUGCUGGUUAGAGUUGCCUGCCCUAUUUGACUAUGACCUGAAGAUUCUCUGGGGCAACCCAGGGCCACCCACAGAACUCUCCCAGAAUCAGGACCUUGUAGAAGAAGAGGCAGCCCAAUUCUUCAACCAAGUAGACCAAGCCAUUGGGAAGUUUAGGGAUGACAAAACAUUGCUUCUGAAAGAGAUUCAUACUCACAAGGAUCUCUUUGCUGAGAGGCUGAACAAAAGAGCUGAGCGGCUGAUGGGGCAGGAUACUAAAUCUAAAAUGGAAGUCAUAGAAUGUGUCAACUGCAGGGCUCUCUUCUUGUCUUGCAAUGACCCUGUCCUCUGCCCAGAAGCAAGUAGCACCUGUGGGAUUUCUUGA